CGGGAAGACACCUGCGCCAUGGAAUUCUAGCGCGGUGGUAAUAGAACAGCCCACGGUCGCUACUUCGGUGGCCAUGGUUCAGGAUGUCGCAAAACCUUUUCCCACUGUGGAUGUUCCAGACCACGCCCACUACACUAUUGGUUGUGUUAUUUUAGUCAUUGGCAUCACUGGGAUGGUUGGCAACUUCCUAGUCAUUUACGCCUUCAGCAAGAGUAGAAGUCUCAGAACCCCAGCCAACAUGUUCAUUAUUAACCUGGCUGUCGCCGACUUCCUGAUGUGUGUCACCCAGACACCCACCUUUUUCAUCACCAGCAUGCACAAGAGAUGGAUCUUUGGCGAGAAAGGCUGUGAGCUGUAUGCAUUCUGUGGUGCUCUCUUUGGAAUCUGCUCAAUGAUCACACUCAUGAUUAUUGCAGUGGAUCGAUACUUUGUUAUCACCCGACCUCUGACUUCCAUUGGCAAGAUGUCACACAAACGCGCCCUCAUCAUCCUCAUUGCUGCCUGGAUGUAUACCAUCAGCUGGAGCCUUCCUCCCUUCUUUGGGUGGAGUGCAUAUGUUCCUGAGGGUCUAUUGACAUCCUGCACGUGGGACUAUGUGACCUUUACUCCAUCUGUACGCGCCUACACAAUGAUGCUCUUUGUCUUUGUCUUCUUCAUCCCCCUGUUUGUCAUUAUUUACUGCUACAUGUGCAUCUUCCGCACCAUUCGGAACACCACCAGCGCUGUGGAGAAAAUCAAUAGGGACGGGGGAACCACCGAAGACUCAAGAAAGUUCAAGCGACUUAAGAGUGAAUGGAAGAUGGCAAAAGUGGCUCUCAUAGUCAUACUGCUGUAUGUCAUCUCCUGGUCUCCAUAUUCCUGUGUGGCCCUGACUGCUUUUGCAGGAUAUGCUGACAUGCUCACACCCUAUAUGAACUCUGUUCCUGCUGUCAUCGCCAAGGCCUCAGCCAUCCACAACCCCAUCAUCUAUGCCAUCACCCACCCAAAAUACAGGUCUGCUUUGGCCACGUUCAUCCCCUGCCUGGGAGCACUACUGUGCGUGCCGCGUGGAGGCCGUCUCCUCAGCACCAGUUUCACGUCCACACGCCGUUCCACGAUCAACACCAGCAAUGACCUGCACUGCUCUACCAAGUCCCGCCUUUCCUCCGCGUCCGAGAGCGAGACCGGCUUGAUGAACACAGAGGAAGACCUGUCAUGUCUGGCUAGCCGUCAGGUGUCCUGUGACCUCCGUAAGGAGCUGGCCGAGCUGAAACACGGAUGCUCUGUGAAAGAGAACACAAAGGGCCACAACUCGGGUGGCUUUGACAGGAAACACACACACAGUUCUGUUGGACCGGCUCUGAACAACACCGACAGUGCCAACAUCAGUAUGAGUAUGGUGGCAAAUCAAGAUGACAUAUCCGUGCCUGAGGUUAGCGACUCCAGUUGUGCACCAGCCACUGUCGAGCAGGAGAUGAUCUCGGCUACGAUUCCCUCUAUCGUUGUAAGCUCUGAGUCCAUGCCUGUUCUCUGGUCAGAAGGGGCAAGUGGCCACCCUUCUAAAUGCCUGCCUGGUUCUUCCCUGCUCUCCUCUGAUGCCAUGGAACCCAUCUCUGGGGAUCUCAUGAGCCUUCCACUGCCUUGAAGUACUGUUACUGUUGCCAUUCCUCUGAACAGCAUGUGUGCCAUCAAAAGCCGUCUCCACCUUUUCUCUCAUCCUUCCUUACAAGAAUGUACAUAAAACAUAUUUAUUUGAUCAGUCACCUAGUUUUGCAGUUGUCUGUUAAAUGUUUGAACAGUCACAGUGCACAGGGGUCAAGGCAAAGUUUGGACUAGAGUCUCUUCCUUUGCUAUGGUCUCUGGCAAAACUGGGCACCAAAAUGGCUGGGGAGCUUUAGCUCCAGGAGUGGACACACCUUUCGCCAUUCUACUAAUCACAAAGAAAGGAUUUUC